AACAACCCUAAACGAACAAAAACUUGUCCUCUCAUCAUGGCAUCAUCUCUACCUCAGUUCUACUCCGAUUUCACAUUUUCCGGUGAGACUUCGUCGCAGUUUCACGGCUCUUCUUCAUGUCCUGACGUCUCAGCUCUAUCCAAUUACUUCGACAACAGCUCCUACGGCUCUUUCAACCCAUCUUCUACCCUAGAAUCCAUGUUUCUCCCGCAAGUUUUUGGGGUUUCUGACGUUUCUAUCCCAGAGUACAAUAAUUAUUACCAAAAUGUGAAUGUGAAUGGCACACAAUAUUUUCAUGGUGGAGAUCAAGAAUACUACGGCUUUUCACCGGAGAUUAAGCCCUUGUUCCGCCCGUCCACUGGAGAGCAAUCCUGGGGAAGUAGUGAGGGAGGGAUAAAAGCUGAGCAGAACACAAAAGUGGGACGCUAUUCUGUUGAAGAACGUAAAGACAGAAUCAUGAGGUACUUGAAGAAGAAGAACCAACGCAACUUCAAUAAGACAAUCAAGUAUGUAUGUCGUAAAACCCUAGCUGACCGGCGUGUUCGUGUUCGAGGACGAUUUGCUAGAAACAAUGACACAUGUGAGCAACAAUCUCACGUUUCUAAGAAUCACCCUAACCAUUCUGAAAAAGACGAAGAUAUGUUUUCUGGAUCAGACGACAAUCUAAUCCAGAUGGAAAACGACGAUGGAUGGCUUCACGAAGCAAUGUCUAAUCUGAUUUCUUUUCCUUGUGACUUGGACGCUCCUGGAGAUGUUCAUCAUCCAAACACAUGGAGUUUCUGA